UGGGGAGAGAAUAAAAAACAAGGAGGAUAGAGUUAAAGGUAGGGUUUGAAAAAAGAGGGGAAAAUAGUGAGCCAGUGGAAAAAUAAGGAGGAGUAGUGGUGCAGAAGGUAGCAGAGGGAGUGGUUAUUUUUGUAUUUCUGGGUUUGGAAAUUGUUGAAAGACAGUAGGCAAAAGCCUGCAAGAGAAUCCUAGACCCAAACAUGGCAAAGCUUAGGAUAUAUGCCACUUCUUAAUUCUCUUUUUCAACCCUCAUCUCUCUCUUUCUCUCUCUAUCUGUCUCGAACACGCUCUCUCUCUCUCCCUCUCUCCAUCUCCCUCUGUAAUUUCUGUCAUACCACUUUUUCUUCCACCUCCACCACAACCACCCCCACUCACAGAAUCCAGUACAUAAAAAAGGGGUUGGGAGCUGAGAUGUAAGGUAUUGAUUUGGCAUGACAAUUGUUCCAUUGGAACCCAGCUGAAUCUGAAAAAAGGGUCAGACUUUUAAAACCAUUUGGGUACUUACUUGUAUUGACUAUCCUUUCUUCUUGUUCAUGGAGUGGAAGAGACGGAGAGUAUUAAGCAGCUGGUUUAUCAACAAGCUCACCUCCCUUUUCUUCUUGCUCUCAAUCUCUGCACUGCUAUUCACCAUCAUCACCUCUACAUCUACAUGUUCUCUAGAUUUUAGCUUUCCCUUAAGUACCGCUAAAGCGGACACAAAUUUUCAGGAGGAGCAGAGGGGGAAGAAGGCGAUGGUUAUGCCUUUGAGCUUGGCGAGGAGGUACUUGAGCGGGCCCGGAUCGUCGCCGCCUCGCUGCACGUCCAAGUGCGGCAGGUGCACGCCGUGCAAGCCGGUUCACGUGCCCGUGCCGCCCGGAACUCCGGUGACAGCCGAGUACUACCCGGAAGCGUGGAGGUGCAAGUGUGGGAACAAGUUGUACAUGCCAUGAAUAUAUUAGUAUGGUCAUGAUAUUCAUGCAUUGCUUAGUAAUAAUUUGUUUGAGCUACAAAUUAAGUCUACUCACUUUCCAGAUCGAUGCUUGCUGGUUAUUGUUAAUCAGAGGAAGGAGUUAUAUAUAGGGAUUUAAAUUUGUGUAGAGGAUAUAUAUACGUUAGUUAACACGAUAUCCAAUUGUGUUAGUCUUGAUCAUAACAAAAUCCAUAUAUUUUUGCCGA